AUGCUUCUUCCCAGGAAGCCCCUGGCAACAGAGGGGCCCACUAGUGAAGUCACAGAACCCCCCAGAAGUGCCCUUGGGGAAGGGAGCCCUGAGUCUCUGAAAAUGAAUUUUGACCAGAAGGCAGUGAAAUUCCUGGCAAAUUUUUACAUCAAUGGAGGCAAACACUGGACCCAUGGACCCCUAAGGCAGAAGCCACUAGAGCCCACCCAGCCCAAUGCUGCGGCGGUGCUGCCAGGCCCAGAGCCCAGGGCGGCCUGGGAUGAGAUGUGGUCCUCAAAGACGAAGAAGGUCCCAGCAGUCCUCCGGUUACACAGGGGCACCACCCAGGAGUUCUCACCUGCCUACACCCAGACCCUGAGGGAGCUGUCGCUGGAGCGGCGGCCCCCACUCGUGGCCGACCUGGAUGUCCCCGGCCCCACCAAGUACCAGGUGCCCAGUGCGUCCGUGCGCGAAUCCUCCCCGCAUCCCCGCUACAGCAUGGGCCGCAAGCCCCAGGGCCGAGAGGGCGGCGGCCGCCGGGCGUGGCAGACCCCCUGGCUCCAGAGCGAAAGCCCCUUCACGCAGAAGGCCGACUUCAACCGGGAGCAAAAGUGGCCGUCGCCGGCCGACGCCCCGCCGCUCAGCCGGCCGGCCGGCCCCGCUUUCAGCUUCGGGGGCCGCAGGCCCGCCUCCCAGACGGAGGGCCAGGUGCGCCCCAGGCUGCUCCCGGCCGGGGAGCGGCGCCUCCGAGUCCCGCCCCUGCUCCGGGCUUCCCUGCGGGCGCCCGGCGAGAGGCGCCCUGGCCCCAGCACCUACAACGUCCUCCCAGGGUGCAGUCUGCAGGGCCCCCGCUCGCCCGCCUUCUCCAUGAGCCGCUCCCCUGCGUUCGUCUCCUGGGUCAGCUCCUCCCGGACCCCGGGCCCCGCCGCCUACCACGUGGAGGACUGCUACAACUCACGCUUCCCGUCCGCGCCGGGAGUGGUCAUCCAGGGCGUGCGCAGACCCAAGCGGCACGACACGGGCCCCUUCUGCACGCUCUAGAGCCCAUUGGACACAGCCUGCUCGGCCGGUUAUCAAGUGGCCUCCCUUGGGGCUUCCCCAGGCCUGCCUCUGCCAC